AUGGAGAAAUCACAAAAAAUAAGAUCCUUUAAUUUGCUGUUUUUAGAAGAGGAUGAGGAAUACAUUGAUGACAUGCUAAUAACUAUGAAAACAAGGAAAGAAAAAGAAGAUAAUAAAAAUAAUAAUAUGAAUAAAAAUAAUAAUAAUAAUAAUAAUAAUAAUAAAAAUAAUAAUGAAAAUAAAAAUGAAAAUGGUAAUUAUAUAUAUGUUGAAUUAAAGGGUCGAUUAAGGCUGUGUUCUAAAUCAUUAAUUUUUGAAGCAUAUAAUGUUGAUGAAGAAGUUUUGAAAUUUCCUUUUAAAAAAUUAGAGAAUAUAAAAUUAGGAAUAUUUAAAAAUGAAAUAAUAAUUAAGACAUGUGAAGUCAUACGAAUUAAAACUAUUAUACAUAAUAAGAAGACGAGAUGUAUAUCACAAUUUAUUUAUGAAAGAAAAUAUAAAAAAAAUAUAAAUGCGUUAAAUAAUUUAUAUAAUGAAUAUUAUGAUGAAUAUAAAAUUAUAGAUAAUAAUAAUAUACAUGAAAAAAUAUAUAUUUUUGAAAAAAUAUUAAAUAAUUUUGAUGAUUUUCUAGACACCAACAAAUCUUAUAAUAAUAAAGAUGGAUCAUUGGUUGAUAGUACCAAAGAGAAUAAUAAUAAUACACUUGUAAAUUCAGAGAAACAAAAACAAAAAAAAAAUAUAAAAAUCGAAAAUAAAAGAAAUGAUCAUAUGUCUUCAAAUAUACAUAUGAAUGAUUAUAUAACAGACAAACUAGAGUGUGACAAUAAAAAUAAAACUAAUGAUAACAAUGGAAAUAUACAAAUACAAAAUAAAGAUAAUCAAUGUGGUGAUGAAACUCAUUUGGAUAGAGAUCAUAUAAAUAAUCAAACAAAAGGAAUGUCAAUAAAUUUAGAAUCUUCAACAGAUAAAGAAAAAGAAAUAAGCUUUUUGUAUGUUUUUUCUUGUGAAAACUCUUCAAUGCUUAUGAAAAAAAUGAAACACAUUUAUGAUUUGAUAGUAAAGAUAAAGACAGCAAUGAUAAUUAAUGAAAAACAAAUGGAUAUAUUAAUAAAAGAGAAGAAAAAUAAAUAUAAAAUUGGAAAUAAAUCUAGAGCUGAUGAAAUGAUAAAUAAAAACACCAAUAUUAUCAUAAAUAAUAAUAAUAAUAAUAUUAAUAGUAAUGUUAGUUGUCAGAAUAGAAAUGUUUUAAAAUCAGAUAAUACAAAGGAGAAUAAUCAUAAUAAAGAAAUGAAAAGAACAGAUGAUGAUAAUAAUAAAAGAAAUGAAUAUUGUACAAAUAAUAAUGGUGUUGUAAAAAAUAAAGAAUUAAAUUUAGAUAAAUAUAUAGAAAGUAUUAUGAAUAAAUUAAAAGAGAAUAUAAAAUUUGAUAUUAGUAGUAUUAAUAUUCAUGAGAAAAUUAUAACAAAUAGAAUUGAUGGUUUUUGGGUUUAUAAAGUAUCUCCUUUAUUAAAAGUAAAAGGAAUUUUAAAUAUUACAAAUAAAUAUAUAUAUUUCCAACCCUAUCCAAAUUUUACAAAUAAGAAAGAAAAGAAAUGGAAUGUUGAAAAGAUAUUACAUGUAUUUAAAAGAAUAAUUACAAUGAAACCUAAUGCUUUAGAAAUAAUUUUUGAAAAUGAGAAAAGGAAAAAAUAUGAUUCUUUAUAUAUAGAAUUUAUAUCAUAUGAUGAUAGAGAAAUAAUAAUAAAUAUAUUGAAAAGAAUAAAAAGUGAAUGUUUUUUUAUUGAAGAAAAUAAAGAUUUUGUAUAUGUAAUACAAGAAAAAUGGUGUGAAGGAUAUAUAAGUAAUUAUAUAUAUUUAGAUUUUUUGAAUUGUAUUGGAGGUCGAAGUCGAAAAGAUUUUUCUCAAUAUCCUAUAUAUCCAUGGAUUAUAUCAUGUUAUAGAACAGAUGAGAAACUUGAAUAUGAUAAUAAAGAAAUAUAUCGUGAUUUAAAAAAACCGGUUGGAUGUUUAAAUAAAAAUCGUUUAAAUUCAUUAAUAGAAAAAAUGCAUGAUCAUGAUUAUUUUUAUGGUUCCCAUUAUUCAACAUUAGCUUAUGUUGUAUAUUUUUUAAUUAGAUUAUAUCCUGAAUGUCAAUUAAAAUUGCAAAGUGGUAAAUUUGAUACUAUAUCUAGAAUGUUUUUAUCUAUGGAAAGUACAUAUCAUACAGCAUUAAAUGCGAAUUCAUCAUUUAUAGAAUUAAUUCCUGAAUUUUAUGAAGAUGAUGAAAGUUUUUUAAAAAAUAAUUUAAAUAUAAUUACAAAUGAAGGUAAUAUAAAUGAUGUUAUAUUACCUAAAUGGUGUUCUAAUCCUAAAGAAUUUUUAAUUUUUUUAAAAAACGCAUUAGAAAGUAAUUAUGUAAAUGAAAAUUUAAAUUCUUGGAUAGAUUUAAUAUUUGGUUAUAAACAAAAUGGUCAUAAUGCAAAAGAAUGUUUUAAUUUAUUUCAUCCUUUAACAUAUAUGCAUUCUAUAUUAAAUGAAAAAUUAUCUAGAGAUUAUAAUAAUAAAGAUAAUUAUGAAAGUAAUAAAGCAGAAAAAGAAAAUACUUUUGAACAAAAUUUUAAUCAAAAUAUUAAAGAUUUAAUAACUACUAUGUCAUCCAAAGCUUUGAAAACUCAAUUGCAUGAAUUUGGACAAUGUCCUUAUCAAAUAUUUAAACAACCUCAUGUAUCAAAAAAGAAGAUUCAGACUUUUGUUUAUAAUGAAAAUAUUUCAAAUUAUCAUUGGUAUUAUUCUGAUGUGAUUAAUCAAUUAUUGAGACAGGAAAUCAUGAAAAAAAAAAACAAAAAACAAAAAACAAAAAACAAAACAAAAAAAAAAAAAAAUCUUCAUAUUGGAUCAAAGGGUUAUGCAACAAAUGAGAUAUGCAGGAAGAAGAGAAUUGGGAUUGUUGGUGGUGAUAAUUCUUUGGUUCAUUAUGACUAUGAAGGAGACAAUAUUGAUGGUGAUACAGACGAUGAUGUGGAUGAUUAUAUGGAUGAUGAUGUGGAUGAUGAUGUGGAUGAUUAUAUGGAUGACGAUGUGGAUGACAAUGUGGAUGAUUAUAUGGACGACGAUAUGAUAGAUGCUACAAAUCCCACUUUAUCAUACAACCUAUCAUCAGAUAAACAAAGGGAUAUUCUGAUGGAUGAUAAAAAUAUGAAAUAUGAAAAUGUAAAUAUAAAUAAUAAAAGAAAGGAUGAUGAAUAUUGUGAUUAUUUUAAAAGAUAUAAUUGGAAUUUAUAUAGAGCAGAAACAUUUUCUUCAUGUAAAAUAAGAGGAAUAGCUAGUACAUGUGAACAUACUUGUUUUUCUUGUAAUAAUGGAUAUAUAAAAUUAAUAACACAUAAAGAUUUAUUAAAUUGUAAUAUAAAAAAUAAUAAUAAUUUUAUAUCAUUAAAAAUAAGUGAUGAUAAUUUUUCUUCUAUAAAUAAUAUUCAAAAUAAUUAUGUAUUAGGAACAUCAACAGGUAAUAUUGUGUUUAUAAAUCCAAAGAGUAUAUUAAAUAUAGAUUAUAAAAAUAAAUAUAAUAAUAUAUGUGAGAAUAAAAGUAAGAUAGAUAUAAAAGAAAAAGUAAAAAAUCAAAAUAUAAAUCACCAUCGAAUUGAAAAUAAUAAUAAUAAUAAUAAUGAUGAGUAUGAACACGAAUUUUUUAGUGAUGACCUUUCUGAUGAUUUAUUUAAUUUUCAUAGUAAUGACUCAAGUGAUUUUUUAUAUAAUUCUUUUGAAGAUAUAUUUUAUGACAAAAAUGAAAAUAUAUAUAAUAAUAUAUAUGACCAUAUAAAUAAUAAACAAGAUAAAGGUUUAUUUUUUAAUGAUAAUAAUAUAUAUAGUCAAAUUAUAUCUAAGAAAAUACAUAAUGAUACAAUUAAUAGUAUUAGUUGUAGUUAUAAUUAUAUAACAACUGCUUCAUCUGAUGAAACUAUAGAAUUAAUAAAUGCAGAUACAAACUUUGAUAUUAUACAAGUUUAUGAUAAUUUUAAUGAUAAAGUUAGAUAUGUUCAAUUAAAAAAUAAAUUAUUAUUUGCAAUGUCUAAUGAUUUAAAACUUUUUGAUAUUAGAAUUGGAAAAAAAAAUAUAUAUCUUAAUAAUAUAAAUAAUUUUAAUAGUUAUAAUAAAUUAUUUCUUAAUAUAUCAUCACAGAAUAGGAGUUCAAAAAAAAAAUUUAUUGAAAGUGCUAGAAAAAGGAUAUAUAAUAAUAAUAAUAAUAAUAAUAAUAAUAAUAUUAUGUAUGAUGAUGUUAAUAAUAAUAUGAUGUAUGAUGAUGUUAAUAAUAAUAUGAUGUAUGAUGAUAUUAAUAAUAAUAUGAUGUAUAGUAAAAAUUUGAUUGGUUUGUCAUAUGAAGACAAUUAUGUGAGGGUAAAUUAUUUAAAUAAACCAUUUCUUUAUGAAAAAAAAAUAAAAAAAAAUAUUCAUUCAAAUUUUAAUAAGAAUCAAUCUAAUUUCAUACACGCUUGUCUUAUUAAUGAUUAUAAUAUAUUAUGUGUAGAUGAAAAAGAUUAUUUAUAUUUUUAUGACAUACGAAAUGAGAAAUGGCAUAAUAUCUUAUCCAAUUCAUUAAUGGGAACUAUAAAACAUAAUAACAAAUAUAAAUUAAAAAAGAAAAGAAAUUAUAAAAUUGUAUCUGCUGCUUGUAAUAAACAAAGAUUAUGUUUAAUAAAUGAUGAUGGACAUGUUUUUUAUGAACAUAUGAAUUUUUGUGAUAGUAAUAAUAUAUUAUCAAAAACAAAUUUCUUCCCUAGAAGUUCCUUAAUAAAUACAAAAUAUAUAUCCUUCUUUAAUCAUUUUGAUGAUAUAAAUAAUAUUAAUAAUGAUUAUAUUUUAUUUACAACUGAAGACGCACAAAUGGAGAUAUAUAAAAAAGGAAACUAA